UGUUUUAGGAAGGAUCGAUGGAGCUAUAGAUGGUAUUUGCUACGUUCUAAAUGGUGUUAGGAUCGUGGGUUUGGCCUUCAGAUGACAUAAUCUCGUGCUGGAAAUACAGGUAACUAAUUAUAAUUACUGAGUUCAUUGAGAUUAAUCCAGUUUGUGGAUCAACUGCCUCAAGGUAGAAGAAAAGCACAGCCAUUGUUAAUACUUGGUUCAACAAGUUUGUUGAUCUGAUCACUGCCUCAGCUCCUUCCAGACCUACAAAAUGCCAGCAUUCGACAACCUAGAGCUAAGAUUCACCAGCAAGAUGAACAAACCAUGCCCGCGGUGGCUUUAGUCAGUGCUCCGACUCUUCUUCGGAUGCCUGAUGUGCUUCAUCAUGGUGGCUCUCCCAUUCCUGCCAAGCUUGGUCGGACUGGUAGGAGGGAUCGUCCUGCCCAUCACCUUGGCAUAUCCAUGUUUCAUGUGGAUUUUGAUGAUACAGUGGGAGCUGAUGGAUGAACUGGGUUCUGGAGGUUGCGGCCAUUUGGACUAUCAAUUGAAGUCCAUUUCUUCAAACCCAAGUGAUAGUAGUUGCAGUCUUUACUCACUCAAUGUAGAAAAAGUAAUGCAUAACCAUAGUCUUCAUUGCUAGCUCGAGGUAAAGAAAGGGGAAGUAAGCACAACCAUUUCCCCAAUUGUAUUCAUGGUGAAAACUUGAAAACCCACAUUCUGGCCCUUGAGUAUUCCUCUUUACAGUAGUUGUUCAUCAGUUCUUGUAAACAAAAACAUGACACCCGUGUUCUGAGCAGAAUUACACAUCGAUUCAGUAAAGAAGAUUAAUCUCUGUGUAAAAUUUAUGCGUCUCCCUUCAAGUUAUAUCUACUACUACUUGCAAACUCCUGAGAACCGUCAACAAAUGUUAAACCCUGAGCACCAUGAAAGAAAAAAGAGUACCUCAAAUCAGGUGAUGCUUGCCGAAUUUCCAUGACGAGUUUCUCUGAGAACCAGCAUUUGUUGAAUUCACCGGCUUGGCUUUUCGCUUGUGAAAAUUGUGUAGAAUCCAACACCAAUAAACCUAUAGAGAGAGAUUGCUGGGAAGCAAAGACCAGCAGUUUUACAAGCUCUACAGAACAAACUUUGUUUUGUCUAAUAACUCCCAUAACAAGAAGAGUUAUUACUUCUGUUUAGGUCUUUUACAUGGAUAGAGGCAGAAGCAUUCUUCGUUUCUUCUUCCUUGCUAGCCUAACUUGCUUCGUUACUUUCAUGCACAGCACCAAUAUUAACGUGAGGCAGACUAAGAUGAAGGCGAGUCGCAUGUGCCUAAAGUAUAAAGAUACGGCCGAGAAGACCAGGAAGGCUAGAACAACGAGUUCCCAUAUGACGAAUAUGACAACAUCAACCCUGCACAAGAAGGGUACAACCAGAAUCAGCAGUCAUUCCCUUGUAAGAAAACAGAAUAACAAGUCGAAAACAUGAAUGUAACCAAGGAAUGAUAAGACAAUCGUUUAUAGUCAUAACAGAACUAUCUCCAUGUCACGGGCCAUAAGCAAGUGCAGACAGAAAUGGAAUCUGCAGAGGUUUCAUAUGCUCAAGCUCACCACUCCCUACUACUUCCUAGAAAAAUGUUCACCAAAACUUCAUUUUCCCAAAUCAAGAAAACCAUCUGUCAUACUAUUUCCUAACCGCAUUCCAUCGUAUACUGGAGAACCGGGAAUUCAAGGGUUCCGAAUGCCAACAUAUCGACAACUCAACAAUGAACACAUCUAAUCCACAGAGCAAGAAAAGGGCUGAGCAAAACACACUUCUUGAAUGAUAGCAACGACGAAAGGCACAUAUUGACUACUUAGAGAAUGACUAACCCCAAAGUUCUAGUCUUUCUUAACCUUCACUUCAUCAGGGAGAAGAUCGAAGAAUCACCAACAGACAACAGUCACUUUCGUAGUUUCUAAUUGACAUCCAUUGGAAGACGCAAACACAAUGGGAGAGGAUCACAUCACACAGACUGAAUUUAUUCUCAUAAUACAAAACAGAAGCUUCCACCCUUCCAUAGAUACCAUAUCUACAUAAAUUACAGUCCGGGACUCCCUGCGAAAAAGUCCAAUUUCGCAGCCUAGGCAAGCUGAUCUAAUCAAAUCGGCGGAAACCACGAAAUUCAGUGCUUUACCGCCCCCAAAACUCAUACGGCAAGCCGAAGCAAAGUUCAAGAACAAACAAAGAAAUGGCGGUAAGCGCGCGGAAUCAAGAGAGGAAAUUACCUCGAGUGACUGAAAUUAUUAGAAGUGGAGGAGAAGAAGGAAACGGAGGCCCAAUCAUGCUUGGAUCGAAUCUGGUACUCCCUCAACUGCUCCGCUAGAUUCGAUCUCGUGAUCAUCGUCAACCUCCCGCGCCUUUUCCCUUUUUCCCUUCGUUGUUUCCCUCCGGAAUUUCUCGCUCUGGUUAUUCUUGGUGAGCGGAGGGCGGAGAGAAUUGCGCAGGAGGGGGUGCCGGAGAUCGAGGUCGACGGCGGAAGGAGGAAGAGACGGACGAAGACAAAGGGAGGAGAGGAACAGACACGGAGGUUGAAAAGAGUUUAGAUUUGUUUUCGCGACCUCUGCUGGUGUUCCCGUGGAGUGUGGAGUGGACCUUCUCCCACCCAAGGUUAUCAAACCGGUUUAUGCCGAUUAACCGGUUUUUUACAAGUGAAAUAGUUUGACUGUUGUAUAAUGAGUGUUAAUCAAAUAUCGAAUACAUUAGAAAAGUAAAU